AUGACGACGACGACGACGACGGCGACGACGGCGACCGCGAACUGUCGUCGCGCGCUGUCGAGCCGCGCCGCGCCCGCGCGCGUCGCGCGCGUCGUCGCCGUCGCCGGCGUCCGUCUCCCUCCGCGAUCGGCGCGCGCGCGCGCCGCCGUCGUCGUCCGCGCAGCAGCCGCGGACGGCGGCGGCGACGCCCCCGGCGCCGCGCCGUCGCUCUCGGUCGACGACAUCCCCGCGAAGAAGCCGCCGUCGGAGCCCGAGGAGGUCCCGCGCCCGCCGCUGCGCGUCGCGGCCGCACUCGCGGCGAUCGGUUCCCUCGAGUCCUCCUACCUCGCGUUCGAGAAGCUCACCGGCGGCGAGGCGCGUUCUAUGCACUGGUCCCCAUACGACCCCGUCGGCGUGGUCACGUGCCCGCUCACGGGGUGCCAGACCGCGCUGAACAGCGGCUGGGCGACGCUGUUCGGGCUGCCGCUCAGCGCGUACGGCGCGGUCGCGUACGGGAUGACCGCCGCGCUGUGCUGGUGGGGAGCCGGGAUGGCGGAUGGAGGCGACGAGGCGCGUUCUAUACACUGGUCCCCAUACGACCGCGUCGGCGUUGUGAACGCCGAUCCUUAA